CGGCGCGUCGCACGUCUCCGCCUCUGCCACGAUGCAGAACCUCAAGAACGUCAAGCUCCCGAGCGCGAGCGUGAUAUCCGGCGUCGUGCAGACCGCGCUGUACGGCUCCGUCGGCGUCUACGGCCUGUACAACGGCCUGUUCAACGUCGAGGGCGGGCACCGCGCGAUCGUGUACAACCGCGUCUCCGGCGUGAAGCAAAAGAUCUACCAAGAGGGCACGCACCUCAUGAUCCCGUGGUUCGAGCGGCCGAUCAACUACGACGUCCGCGCGCGCGCGCAUCAGGUCACGAGCAACUCGGGCAGCAAAGAUCUUCAGAUGGUGAACAUAUCGCUGCGCGUCCUCACGCGACCGGACGCGACGAAACUCCCGGAGAUCUACCGCAGGCUCGGGACGGACUUCAACGAGCGCGUGCUCCCGUCGAUCAUUCACGAGACGCUCAAGUCCGUCGUCGCGCAGUACAACGCGAGUCAGCUCAUCACCCAACGAGAGAUGGUGAGCGCGUCCAUCCGGAGUAAACUCAUCGAGCGCGCGAAGCAGUUUGACAUCAUCCUCGACGACGUCUCGAUCACGGCGCUGACGUUCGGGAGGGAGUACACGGCCGCGAUCGAGGCGAAGCAGGUGGCGCAGCAGGACGCGGAACGCGCGAAGUUUAUCGUCGAGAAGGCGAGGCAGGAUAAGCGUUCGGCGGUGAUCAGGGCGGAGGGCGAGGCGAAGUCGGCGAAGAUGAUCGGAGACGCGAUCGCGUCGAACCCGGCGUUCAUCACGUUGAGGAGGAUCGAGGCCGCGAGAGAGAUCGCGCAGACGAUGAGCGAGAGCAACAACCGCGUGAUGUUGAACGCGGACUCGCUGUUGUUGGAUCUGUCGGAGCAAAAGGAGCACAAGGACAAAAAGUGAUGUGAACUCGACGCGACGGAAUUCGCGAAGAGAGAGAGGGUGCUGGUUCGGUAACAUCGAUAUAUCACCACU